CAUCUGUCAGCCGCCUGCCAGCCGUCAUUUCGUGUGGUCGCGCGCCUAAAAAAAAGAUCAAGCAUUUGUGAAGCUUUUGCUUUCGCGCGCUCGGUGCAAGAGGGAAACAAAAAGAAAAAUGGAGAAAACUACUGUGGUGGAUUUCGUGAUUCGCUGUGCCGGCUUCGCUGUUUUCGCCCCCGUACUGUUGGCGCUGCGGCGGUCCAAGUGAACGAGUACGCCAUUUGCCGCGGAAGCUGGCUGGACACUUUGCGCCCGCUUGCUGUGGGGUUGUUUUAUCUGUGUGUGAACUACGGUUUACGGGUACGUGCGCCCUGCCUCCUCCUCGCUGCGACAAGGGAACGUAAACACCCUCGAAAAGACGCGCAAUUCGCGAUAGGCUCCGCUACCCCCCCGUACUAUCGCUCCCCUUCGUGAAACCCUUCGACCGUGCUCGUCCGCGCCCAGCCGGAGGUUCAAUACUGGAAGUCAACCUUUUUUUUGUGCCGUGGGGUAGUGAUGGUGAAGUGCUUUGGGGCCAACCUAUGCCUGGGCGACACUUUUCCUGACGGCAUUGAAUGGAGAAGUCCGAACAGUUGGAUGGCAGCAGCCGUAGUGUCAAGAUCAACAAUGCAACAUUAAUUGCAGCAGCAGCAUCAAGUGCAUCCUGCGGUGUGUCCAGCGUUUAGCCAGAGUUCUCCUGCCGAUUGUCUGCCCGAAAUCUUCUCCGUUUCAGUGGUGGCGUUUGUACGGUGCUUGGUGUGUAUGAGCAGUGCCCGUCGGAUAUUUCGGCAUCGGAUACAUUACUGUGAGCGUGUGUGUUUUUAUUGGGAAGGUUUACCUGAACAGUGUAAAGGAACGAUCACUGCAAUUUUAGUAAAGGUGCCUUUACUGAACAAAGAGCGAUUUUGAGAAAACCAGAUUAAAAAAAGAAAAACAAUUUUCCAUCCGCGUUUGUUAGGCAUUCCAAGCUUGUGUAUUCGCUGUACGGUGACAGUGCGUGAUCGAUGCUUCAGUGUGUGUGCGUGCGUGUAUAGCAAGCGGCGCUUUUCUUUGCAACAGCAGGCUACACAUGGCCUACUGCUGAGAGACAUCAAGGGUUGCAUUUUACUGUGCCUGGAAAAACUGUACCGAACUAAAGCAGGAAAAAAGGCCAUUCGAACAUAAACCAUCAAGCUAGGCUCCGUUAAGGACGGACGAACGGAUUGUGCUAGUACGGCUGGUAGUAGAUUAAUCGUGAUCCAAGUGCAAUUACACGCCUCAACAUGUCCUUCAAGGAGGAAACGGUACCGAACCCACUGGAUGGUGAACGGGAAACGCAUCGGGAAAUUUGCCGUGCACUCAACAUCGAUGCGGACACGGAGAUGCAAUCGUGGCGUUCGUACGAACGAGCACGCGAUCAGUACGAUCUUACGGGAAAUGCGAAACACUGGAUGUGUUGUGCGCUGUACGUGGCUUGCCUGCAGGAGCUACCAGCCGUCGGCCAUCCGGACCACUUCAUACAGGGCAAUGGGGUGAACAUUACCAACUUGCUGUCACAGUGCAAUAUCAACAUCCAGGAAUUCUUCAACAAAAUGUCGCACUGGGCCGAGAUUCGUUCGCUGCCGACCCACCUGCAGCUGGUGGUGAAAAAUUUGAACCACGAGUUUUCCGUCGCGUACCGGACGUACGCCGUGUUCAGUGAGGCGUUCCCGCGCAUCUUCAACGAAGCCAACAUCGUGCCGGACGAGCCGAAGCGCAACAAGAAAUCGAAACCGAAUCCCUGCUCGUACAAUAAGCUGCGCGAGUUCAGCUGGCUGCUGUUUCUCACCGUGAAGGAGCAGCACAAGGAACAGCGGCACGAUUUCACCACCGCGCUCGAUCUGUUCGUGUGCGUGAUGGAUCUCAUCUACCGGAAUGUGGUGACCGACGGUCGCAUGGAUCUGAUCAAUCCGAACGUGCUGAGCGACGGUGGCAGCAGCUCGAUCGACGGCGCGGCCGAAGCAGCAAUGCGCGUGAACGUGCGGGAGUUGCUGUGCAGUGAGUAUCCGACCUUGGUGGAGAGCGUGGACGAAACGAACGCGAACAUCUUUCUGCCUUCGCUGUCGGGAUUGCUCGAUGCGAGGGACCUGAAAGCUACCCGCGUCACGACGGACGGUGGAGCGACGACCUACACCGGCCUGGUGUCGGUGUCCAAUUUCGAGGAAAAUCUGAAGCUCUUUAACCGCCGCUACGAACGGAGCAUUCUGCGGUGCGGCAUGCUGGACGAGCGCAUCGCGCUCAACAGUCGCAUCUCGCCCACGAGCCAGCAGCGGAAUCGUUGGACCGUGCAUCCCCGUACGCCGCUCAGCAUCAAGUCGGGCCAGAGCGGUACCGGUGCGGCGCUGAACAUGAACCGUGCGGGGCUCGUGGCGGAUCUGCCGACCAAUGGGGCGUUCGUUGUGCGUGGCACCCUAACGCAGCUGCUGAAGAAAAUUCAGGGCCACAGUCCGGGCCAACCGCGCGAUACGUUUCACGCGCUGAUGCAAAACUGCACGCCCAGCCCACUGCCGACCGUGCUGGAGCACGUGGUGCGGAUGCGGAAGCGGUUCGUCGACAAGCUGACCGGGAACGAGGGCUGGAAUGCGCGGUCGGCCGAGAGCCGGUUCGUGGCGAUCGAGGCCCUGUACUACCAGCUGCUGGAGAACAUUAUACCGUGGGAGCUGAAGAAGCGCCCGACGAUGGUGGUAUCGAAGGCGAUCUUUGACCUGUGCUCGAACAGCAUUUUCAACGAAACGCUGAUCGUGUGCGCGGCCGAGGUGAUUUUCUUCCUGCGCCAGGAGCAGCACAACUUUCCCUGGAUAUUGGAGGUGUUCGGCAUGCAGCCGUUUCAGUUCUUCAACAUCAUCGAGGUGACGGUAUCGUCCAACAGUGACAUCUUCACGUCGGACAUCGUUAACCAUCUGCGGAGGAUUGAGGAACAGCUCGUUGAUUCGAUCAGCUGGAAAAGCUCGUCCGUGUUGUGGGAAUGCAUGGAGAAGGAAAACUAUCAAAUUCCGGAAAACAAGGACGUUGAGCAGCGGGCCGCCAUUGCCGGCGUAACGCCGCUGAAGGCUGAUUCCGUACCCAACACACCGAACGGUACCCGGGGUGGCAGCUCAUCCGGCAUUGCAGGUUCUUCCAGUGCCGCCGGUCCUUCGGCGUCAUCUUCGGCGGCGGCGACACCAUCAACAACCGGCCGUCCGGUGCCACAUCCCGAUUCGGCCAAGAAAAAGCUUUUCGUUGAUCCUCCCGCAACGCCGUCGAAAGUUGCCCCACCGGUCACAGCUUCGAUGGCGGCGGGUACAGCUGUUGGCGUAACUGCUGCUGCUGCUGCUGCUGGAUCAGGCACCACAGCACCGUCCGCUUCGUCGUCCGAGAUGGCCACUGUGCCAGGCCACGCUGCCAACGGUAGCAAUGACUCGCAUCCGAUCUCAUCGUUUAGCUCUCCUCAGCGCAGCACCAACGAUCACCACCAUCAUCAUCCACCGUCGAUCGAAACCCGCCGGUUGAACUUUUUCUUCCGCAAGAUGUACCAGGUCGCGUACGAUCGGCUGUGCAAUCUCUGCCAGAAUCUCGGCAUCGACACGGAGGAUAUUCAGAAGCUGAUCUGGACGAUACUGGAGUUUACGAUCACGAAACGCGCGAAGGAGCUGAUGCGCGAUCGGCACCUCGAUCAGCUGCUCAUGUGCGCCGUGUUUGUGACGAUGCGCAUCAAGAAGCUGCCGAACACGUUCAAGCAGAUCAUGCACUGCUACCACAGCCAGCCCCAGGCCAACAGUUCCAUCUAUCGGAGCGUGUUCAUUCGGCACGAAAACGGUACGCCACCGUCGGAGGAAAGCGGUGGCGCGAAUGGUGAGCAGCAGCAGCAGCAGCAGCAACAGUCGGCCGAACCCGAACGGUUGCCGGUGACGGAAAUGGCCGGCACGUCGGUACAGUACGAUCGGGAGGUGUACGGUGAUAUCAUCAAGUUCUACAACGACAUCUACGUGAGGACGGUGCACCAGUUCGCUUUGCAGUAUUACAACACGGACAUUUCGCAGGCAUCCUUGUUCCUGUCCCCAACGCCCAAGUCGCAGGUGCGCAACAUACAGAAAUCGCCACGCCAGUUCAGCUCCGGCAUGAACCUGUACGUGUCGACCACCAACAAGAUCAACUCGCUGAAGGGCUCGCCGAACGUGCGGGUGCUUACCUUUCCCUCCAGUCCCGGCCAAAGCCCUACGAUACACGAUCGUAAGGUACCGGUGUUGGUGCGCGAAAAGCCCGGCGGUACGGUUGUGCGCAAGCUAACCGAACCGACCGCCUUCGAGCCGGCGCUACCAUCGAAGCUGCGACGGUUGGAUAAAAUCCACCAGGAACGGCAGCACCAGGACCAUGAGUCGUCGGAAAACGAGUAGGCUGUGCCACCAGGAUUCAGCUCGCUUGUGGUUGUGUCUUUUGUAUCGCCUUAUUUUUUAACCACUUCACCCUCAUCAUCGUCGUCACCCUGCGUCGCUAGAUGCGUCAGAUUUGUGUUUUCCUUCUUCUACUCUAAUCGUGCGAAUUUAAGCUUCACCCAAGACCGGUACGUGCAAAGUGACAGAGACGUUCGAGGGCAGACUGCUUAACUCGUCUCGUUUUUUAUACUUUCCGAAUAAUUGUAACAAUCAGCACACAUGUUUUAAUUGAACUCUCGACCCAAAGGUGAAAGAGAGAGAGAGAGAGAGAGAGAGAGAGAGAGAGAGAGAGAGAGAGAACCCCUUUCCUGCAGUGCAAUUUGCAAUAUGCUCUGCAUCCGUGCAGAGUCCUCCAGACAAAAUAGGCAUCAUUGGACAUAUUAGGAGAUAUAGUUGACUGUGUACAGAUUUUUCCGUUUUUUCAACUCCUGUUAGAGAAAAAAAACUCUCUAACAUAAGCGUGCGUGUGUGUGUGUGUGUGCUUUAUUUUUCCUUUUCUUUCCUCAACAACAUCUCAUCGCAUUACUCAAUGAGGUUAAUAAUGGUUUUAAACGAUUGGUUCUAUAAAGUUUUGGUUUUUAAUUAACUAUUUCAUUUUUAUCCCUUUUUUUUACUUGCUUCCGCGCUCGCUCUCUCUCUCUCUCUCUCUCUCUGUCCCGUACGAGCGCACAGAAAAACCCGAUGGAGCGCAAAAAUCCUGCCAGAAAGGGGUUUUGUUAGACUAACACAUACGUUUUAAUCAGUGUUUUUGUUUUGUUUUAAGCGAGUAGUAGUAAUACACGUUGGGGAAUGAUGGUGGCCUUUUGGGGGAAAGAUUAAAUGCAACGACUCUGCCACAGCACCGCUGCGUACUGGACUUUCCGUCCCUAAUUCUCAUCCUUCCCGAUGCUCCUGGCAUACCUGGCGACAAGUUUUGGUGGAUCUCAAAGUUCGGUGUCUUUCAUAAUUUGUGUGAUCUUCGUUUUGUUUCCAGUUUUUCGUUUUUAAAGAAAGCGCGUGUAUUCGUCUGUGUUCGUAUAAUGUAUAUUUGUGUGUGUGUGUGUGUGUGUGUGUGUGUUUAAUGUAAUAAGUGUGAGAGGCCCGAUUCUUGAUAGCGCCCUUUUGCACACGCCCUUAGACUUGUAGUAGCAAAUCUUAAUAAUUUUUAGAGCACACACACACACGCGCAACGCCUCUUUUUCCCCGCAUGCUCUAGUGUGUAUAGUGCUUAAUGUUUAUUUAUUUAAAGAACAAAACCCCUACUACUUACGACUGGUUUGGCAAUUUCGUUCCCCACACCAGGAGCUGGAGCGGGAGGAUCGCUCUUUGUUCGAUGUUUACGCGCACGUAAACCGUAUGAGCAAGACAGUUUUUUUUAAUUCCACCGGUAGGCUAAUAAAAUAUGUGUGUGUGUAUGAAGAUAUCCGACCUUGCAAUUGCAAUUUAGUAGCUCGACGAGCGGGACCAACCGUUCCGAUCGUUGCAAUCGUGUUUAAAAAAAAAUAUAGUCCCGCAGUCAACUUUGCCACACUGUUUUGGAUGAAUUUGGAUUCGGUAGAUUUAACGAAAUUUUGCUAUCCCAUUAUAGGCAAAUAGAUGAAAUAAUCGGGAAGAGAUGAGGAUUGGACAAUGGCGGAAUGAAACGACGGUACGCGCUGUGUAAAGUGGGGUAGAAUGGGACGAGAUGGAAAGCGAUAUGAAAUGGGCGUGACAGAGGGCGAACACCACGGGCGAACUGUGCCUUAAAAUGAAAGCUAAGCAUGAGAGUGAACCUUUAUGCUUGUGGCACCGCGAAACCUCAAGACGACAGGGAGACGACCUUAAGGUAUUUGAUGACUUUAGCCAGACGUUUGAUGGCUAUAAAUGCUGUAAGAUCUCUAUUUUAACGUGAAGGGGUUGGAAACAAUCCAACAACAACAAGAGUAAGCAGAGGACCCACCUAAUACAUGAGCGUCAAGACAUCCGCAACUUGAAGGGGGCUACCAUAGAGCGUCCUUGUCUUUGUUCUGCUAUAGACAUGCUGCAUUCAGACACCGGUUGGAGCGAUCCGGUGGCCGAGACGUCAACGGCGCCGAUCUUCACCAGACCGUCUCAAUGUACGCAGGGCUGGGUACCUUGCUACGGGUAAAAUCAAGUCACUAAGUAAGCCAGCGAUGGGGGCAUUUAGCAUAUCUGAUCAUGGAAGAUCCACCGCCAAGAUUUACCUAUGCAACAGCCAUGCCCGGUGUCAAUUGCACGAGAUCAUUAACGUCUAAACCCAUCCCUAUCUAUCUAUAUUACACCAAUGGCAGUUUGCAAAGAUGUCGAAUUUGACCCUAAAACUCGCCGGACCGCUAUGGAACACAUAAAGCUAGAAAGAUCCUUGUAUUGGUGGUCUGGCAGGAAAGUUCUGACGAUAGUUACCAAUUUCAUCAUCUUUUCUCCGGUGUUGUCUUCUAUAUAUCUGCACCUGAAUUGUCAUGCACCUCCCUAUACUGCUAGGUAAUUAGUUACUGCAGUUGAUCUCAAGAGGCCAAGAGGCGGUAUCAUCGAUCGAUUCAGGCAGCUUCACACUCUUCCAGUCGGACAUUCUGGCACUUGCAGCUUAACGCUCUACCCAAAGGAACCGUGUUGCCCGUUCCGAAUGCCACUCAGAUCGCUUUCCACUCGCUCGACGGAAUCCUCGGCGGACAAUGGACACGAUAGACGACGUUAGUUGGAGGUUUUUAGUUUUCCAUGUAGGAUGAUCCAUCUCCGGCAGAUAUAUUAACACAUCCCAACAGCAGAAGCAAUACACACAGAGCGCAAAACGCAUCUUGCCCCUCCCUCCCGUGUUCAGUUCACGCGCGUCCUUCAUUCAAAGGUUGAGUUUAAGCUACAAACACUUGGUACAUAUACAUAUUAAACGUGUACUAUUAUGGUUUCCUUUUUUUGCUUAUCCCCUCCCUCUUUUCCCCCGUUUAGUUUUGUAACACAAUUUCAUAGUACUUUGUCCCUUUUUUAUAUUAAUGCUUGUGCGCUAAAACUUGUUCGUUCAUUUAUCAUCCUUCCUUCCUAAUUAUUGACCAGCGGCUUAUUGUGAUUUUUAAUUAUUAUUAUUACUAUACACAUAUUUAGUUUUAAAUAGUUUUUUAAAGCUAAAAUAACCCAUUUUCAGAUUCAAAAUUCUCAUUUUUAUUUUUACUCAUUUACGCCCGCCUGCGGUAGCAGUCCUUUCUUUUCAUUUUAUAAAGCAAAUACAAUAGUCAUUUGUAGGUGGUUAAUCGUUAAGGAGAACAAAAAUAUAUAUACAUAUUAUAUACAGCAGA